GCGCUGCUCAUGGCGGUGUCGGCGGCGCUGCCCCCCGCCCGCGGCUUCUCCGUCCCACUCCAGCGCCCCGCCGACUGCGGCGCCGACCGCUACUUCGACAGCUCCCGCCUGGCCUGCGCGCCCUGCGGGGCCCACCAGCGGCAGAGCGCCGGCGGUAGUUCCUGUGUAUGUGAGCCAGGAUACAGGAUGGUUUCUAGUAAUGGUGGGUUCUCUGUUACUUGUGAAAAAUGUCCAGAAAAUAUGAGUGGAGUUACUCAAGAUGGAUGGAAUUGUAUUACUUGCCCCAAAGGCUUGACUUCAAAAGGACAUUGUAAAUGCCCCAAUAAUGAAAUACUAGUGGAAAGAAGCAUCGAGGGAGUCUUGCUUAAUGAAGCAUUGUGCAUGCAUUGUAAUGGAAGUGAGCAGUCAUUCUCUGCCUCAGACGCAUCAGGAAGCAGGUGUGUAAGAUGUGAAAAGACAUUCAUCCAAGUAAGCAACUCUUGUGACUGCAACAGCCCAAACAUUCUAACUGGGGGGUUGUGUUUCUUGGCUCGUGAAGGCUUACCCCCAAAGGGAGUUGCAACUGUUCGUUUUGCACAGCUAGGUAUAACACUGACAUCAGCAUGGUUUCUGAAAAAUCUGCAGUCCUCAGCCUUUGCCUGUUGGUUGUAUUCUAAUCUAACAGCAUGCCAAGCUCUCGGAAAUAUGUGUGUGAUGAAUAUGAAUUCAUUGAGUUCUUCAAGUACUGAUGCCUGUGGUUUGUUUCAGUAUAUUUUUGUCAGUACAGCAAGGGUGGGCGUCAUUCAUUCAAUACCCUACUGGAGGCAUAAUCUUCCAUGGUUGUAUUAUGGUGACCAACCAGGAUUAGCAUCCCAAGUGCUUGAGAAAAACCGUUUUCCUACAACCUUCACCUUUAAGGGAACAGAUAAGGAUGUAAAGCUGAAAUUCAUUGCAGCCUCAUUUGAUGCAGCAGGAAACUUUCUCAAGUGGCAAAGUUUGGAAGGAGGUAUCUUACAGCUUUGUCCUGAUACCCAAACUAAAUUGAAUGCAGCUUAUGUUUUUGGGACAACUUACCAACAAAGUUGCAAAAUUUCAGUUUCUAAGAUUUUACUGGAUUUUGCUAAUCCAGUCUUUUAUGACCUGUUCCUUGAAUAUAAUGGUGGCAAUGGAGAGCAACAACUUUGGGCCAUACCAGUUUUAAAUUUGAAUCUUCAAUACAAUGAAAGGUUUGUUAAUCAAGACAAUAAUAUGAACAACUGGCUUUUGACUCGUCGAUUUUUUUUGGUUGAUGCACUUAGUGGAAAAGAGAAUGACUUGGGAAAACCACCAAGGGUAAUUCGGAUUGCAAGCAAAAUAACAAUAAGUAUUCGUCUGGUAUCCCAUACACAGAGAGGAACUAUCUACCCUCCUCUAAUUACUGUUGAUUACACAGAUGUGCUUAUCCAAAACCCUGAAACCCAGAGUGUGAUGGUUUCUUUUGCAGUCAGCUAUGAGAUGAAUCAGUCAGAGGCUCAGAUUCAGACCGAUAUCGCGCUGGGUGUGUUGGGUGGACUGGCAGUGUUAUGGUCCCUUCUCAAGACAGCAGGCUGGAAGAGGCGGACAGGAAACUCUAUAAUUGACUUGCAGACAGUUUUCAAGUUCUUACUGUUCUAUGCUGGAGACCUUGCCAACGUUUUCUUUAUCAUCACGCUGGGCACAGGGAUUUAUUGGCUUGUAUUCUUCAAAGCUCAGCAGUUUGUAUCUGUCCUUUUACCUCUCCCAUCUCAAGAAGAAGAUUUUGUUACAUACGUAGCAUGUGCGUUUAGUUUAAAGGCUCUGCAAUUUUUACACUUGCUGGUUUCACAACUUGCUAUUGAUAUUUUCUUUAUUGACUGGGAAAGACCUAAGGGCAAAGUUCUUAAAGCAGUUGAAGGUGAAGGUGUUACUAAAAGUGCUGCUGCGCCUGUGAGCAUAUGGAGGACAUACUUUAUAGCAAAUGAAUGGAAUGAAAUUCAGACAAUUAGGAAAAUAAAUCCUCUCUUUCAAGUGCUUGCAGUUCUUUUUUUUCUGGAGGUGGUGGGAUUUUCAAACCUGGCUUUAAUGGAUGCUUCUUCCAGUCUUACAAGAAGCAGUGAGAGCUAUGUAGCUCCUUGGAGCCGCAUUUUAAGAUUUGGUGUGUCUGCUGCACUCUGGGUAGCCAUUGCCAUCCUACAAGUUGUAUUUUUUGCUGUGAUUUAUGAAAGAUUUGUUGAAGAUAAGAUAAGCCAAUUUGUUGAUUUGUGUUGCGUGAGCAAUAUUUCAGUAUUUCUCUUGUCACACAACUGCUUUGGUUAUUACAUCCAUGGUCGCUCGGUGCAUGGGCAUGCAGAUACCAAUAUGGAAGAAAUGAAUAUGAACCUGAAGAGAGAAGCAGAAAAUCUGUGUAGUCAGAGAGGUUUGUUACCAAACACAGAUGGCCAGACAUUUCAGAUUUCCAUUUCAAGAAAAAUGCGACUGCACUAUGACUGGAUUCAUGAAACCUUAACAAGAAAACGUGGUCCUACCAGGCUUUUGGACUCGUCUGCAAAUACUUUUGAACAAAGCACAAGGGCCUACAAUGCCAUGAACAAAUUUCUCAGUUCUUUUAUUGAUCAUGUUCAUAAAGAAAUGGAUUACAUUGUUAAAGAUAAGUUACUGCUUGAACGACUUCUUGGCAUGGAGUUCAUGGAACCAAUAGAGAAAAGUAUUUUUUAUAAUGAUGAAGGACACUCUUUCAGUGAUGUUCUCUAUUAUGGCAAUGAAACAACACUGCUCAUCUUUGAUAUCCUGUUUUUCUCAGUUGUGGAUUUAGCUUCCCAAAGUUUUGUUUUAGCAGCUAUUCUAACAUAUUUGCAACAAGAGAUAUUUAGGUUUAUUCGUAAUACACUUGGGCAGAAGAAUUUGGCAUCCAAAACCUUGGUGGAUCAAAGAUUUCUCAUUUAAUUGAGAAGAUGAAAAACUGUCAAGGAUUUAAUCAUGGAAAAUAUGAACAUGAUCAAAGCAUCUCUGACCUGCAGAUUAAUUGCAGUGCACUUUUCAACAAUAACUGUGUAAUGGGUUUGAAGCUUGCCAUUUUUUAUAUUGUGUGCUAUUAAGCUUUAUUUUUCUGUAUUUAUAGUUUGGCUUUUUUUUAAUUUGUGAACACUAAGCCAUAGGCCUUUAAAAAGAAAAGUACUUGCAAAUAAGACAGAAGUAAACUUAGUGUUAUUAUUAGAAUAAGAUAAAAAUUAUUUUAUGGCUUUUGAUAACAUAUUGACCACAGACUUUGAGCAUCUGAUUGACAGGAGAGGUUGCCAACUCUGAAAUUAUCUGAAAAUACUUUAAAUCUUUUUUCUUUUUUUUUAAGGUUAUUUUGAGGUUUAAUGUUCAGCAAAUAUGUGUCAAAAUUUGCACAGCACAGGAUUUAUUCUAAAUUAAGUUAGUGUUUUAGGAGGAAUUUUUAAAGAACACUUAUUUGCUGUGACUCCCACUUGAAAUUUUAAUGUUUCUGUCUUGUGUCAUACAGUAUUGUAUAAUUCUUUCUCUUCUGUUGGAGUUUAUCCUUGUUUUUCUUGGGUGUGGCCUACACAGGACAUCCCAAACAGGUAUUUGAGGUACAGUGAUGUUACAGUGAUGUAGAGAAAGAGGCUAUGAUAGAGCAGAGGAGAUGCUGCUCAGUUAGCAUUUGGGAUUUGUUCUUGAUCUUCUGUCGUGUGAUGCAACGUGUUCAGGGAAACAACAGUAAUUAUUCUGUUCACUUUUUCCACACAUGUGAAAUGGAAGCAAUUUUUAAAACUUUUUUAGAAUUGUUUUCACAGGUGAUCAUGGUCUCCUAAUUUUCUGAUUUUAUUAUCUUUAGAUAUAGCAGAGACCAUAAUCGUUUUACCAUCAUCAUAUUUUUGGAAUUUAGAAGAGUUAAUAAUUACUCAAGUGCCAAGGGAGAUUGUUAGUGGCCUUCAAAUCACCUUAAACUGAGGUGUCUACCUACCUCUUUUAUCACUGAAAAAUCUCCCUACAGUUAAUGUUUUGUCAGUAAAUAGUUAAACAUGAAUAGUGUUACUUGUCUUUAGAUGAUUCAACAAGGGACUCACAUGAGCAAAAAUACCAAGAAAAUGAGGACAUGAUCAGUUGAAUUUAGCAGAUUUCCAGUGCAGACAUGCUUAUCUGAGUUGAAGCAGCCUUGCAUGCCAGAAGGUUUUUGGCUUCAUAAAAAGGAGCAUGUUCUCAUGUUGGUACCAUGUUAUAUCCUACUAAACUCAGAGUAACAUGAGCAGAAAUCUCAGUCACUAUUGCUCCCCUGUAUUUGCUUUUGGUGCUGCAAAGCCUGUGUCACUUGCUAGUCCAGUGCAGUUGUAUUGAGAAUAGAAUAGAAUGUGCCAGUAAGGCUGUUACCAGAGACAUAACUGAAAAGUUGAUUUGCAGUGGGACAUCCAUUUAUUAAUGUGCAGUUUAGCAUGGGCAUUGCCAUUUCAUGCUUUCUUUGCAUAUCUGCUUAUGGACACAAUUCUUUGUUGGUGCAUGCUAUGCCUCAGAAAGGGUGUGCAUACAAAAUUUCUAAUGGAGUGAAGUGUUCAGGAUAAAUAAAAUUAAGGUUGUUGCAUUUAUGGGGAAUGUAGUAAUUAAAGUCUCCAUUAGGUUCUGAAUCUGUUUAAACAGCCAAAAAUCGUAUUUCCACUGGGAACCAUGACAGUAUGACCUCAUUAGUUGUGAGGUUUCUUGUCAGUGAUCUACUGAGAGCCAAAACUGUAAAUUAAGCUAAGGAGCCAUCUGAAAAAUAUUCUGCAGUUGGAUAUUCACAAGGCAAAGUUAGCCUUACCUGGUAUCCAUGUAUUUAUUUGGUGGAUAUCUUUGCACAGCUUAACUAAACUUAAGUCCUUACAGUCCUUACUUUGCAGAAGACUGCAAAGAGGAAGUAAAAUCUUUGUCAUAUUUACUCAAGCUAACAGAUGUGACUAAAGGGGUGUAGAGAGUUGCUGUGGUCCAUUAAUGAGCAAGGAUGACCUGAAGUGCCCUAAUACUAGUCUUUAGACCAGUAGAACUGUGAAUAGAACUGUGCAUCACUGUCAGUGGUCACAGGCACACUUGUUCCCUCUGACUUCUGGUGAUGUGUUCAUGAUCAUGAAGUUUUUCCAGGGAACAGAACCACACCUCAACCUUACAUUCUCCAGAGUGGUCAGAUUUAUGACCAACUACAGUCAGAAUACCUAAACUGACUAGACUUGGGUGAAUCAGAAAAUGUCUGGAAAGCAGAAUGAAGAUGUGGUUGUGCCAUCAGUAGAUGUGUGGUUUUAAUUAGUUCAGUUUUUAUCAGUUCAGUACCAGCAGAACUAGAGACAUUUCAGCAUGUGGGCUCUCACUAUGUACCCUGUCCUCAAUGCUUGUGCUAACCAGGUACACCUCUCCAUACAAAACUCUUCCUUUGAGUUUGCUUUAGAUAUGCCUUUAAUCAUCUGCUGCAGAGUAGGGCACGUGGAAGCUUUAAUGACCUUGCAUUUUGCAAGAACUACUGCUAAAAGCAACUCUUCUUAACAGAUAAAUGAUAAAUUAAUCUAAAAACAUCCUGUCAAAACAGUUCAGUCACUUGGCUCUCUCUUUCUCCUCAGUGUACACACUACUCUGUUUUGCUUUAUUUUUCCAGAUCAUUUGUCUAAAAUGUUAAUAUAGCUAACAUAGGUACUCUACAUGAUUUAGGAAAUAAUUACAGGAGUCAAAAGCUCCAGGAAUUCAUAGAAGCUUUUCUUCACUCUUGCUGUCCAAUGAACUUGGAAUGGGUUGACUGAGCUUUGUUCCCCUAUUCCUUGAUAUUUGUUAAGGAAAUAUCAAGCUUGAUAUUUGUUCAAGAAAUAUCCCUUGUGAUUGUAUUUCCAGCUUAUUUUUUUUUUAAUUAAUAUGCGUCUAUAACGUGUUGUUCAUGUAAUGAGUGUCUUUUAGGUUUCUAAAUGUUCUGUUUGCCCACAUGGCAUUUCAGUCUCUCCUGUCUGUUUCUCUAAGUAAUAAAAAAAGUCAAAGAUUUGA